GCGGGAGGAAGAUCGCUUGUUUGUGCAGUCUACAUGUGAAUGUCCAUUGAAAAGACUCCUGUUCGAUGAGUUGACAUCUAAGUUUCUGCAGCCUCAACAUGACAUCAGCUGGAAACACAUUCGAUGAUGAGGACACUUUUAAGAUCCUCAUUGCCACAGACAUUCACCUGGGUUAUCUGGAGAAAGAUGUCGUCAGGGGAAAUGACACAUUUGUGACAUUUGACGAGAUCAUGAAACAGGCUGUGCAACAUGAGGUGGACUUCGUUUUGCUGGGUGGGGAUCUGUUUCAUGAUAACAAACCAUCCCGCAAGACUAUCCACUGCUGCAUGGAGGUGCUGAGGAAGUACUGCAUGGGUGACCGUCCAAUCGUCUUUGAGAUCCUCAGUGACCAGGCUGUCAAUUUCAGUCACAGCAAGUUUCCUUGGGUUAACUACCUGGAUGAGAAUCUCAACGUCUCCAUUCCUGUUUUGAGCGUGCAUGGUAACCAUGAUGACCCCACAGGGGCUGAUGGUCUGUGUGCUAUAGACCUGUUGAGCUGUGCUGGUUUGGUCAAUCAUUUUGGCCGUAGUCGUUCAGUAGAAAAACUUGAGAUCAGUCCAGUUCUUCUGCAGAAAGGAAACACCAAAAUCGCACUCUACGGCAUCGGUUCUAUUCCAGAUGAAAGGCUGUACCGGAUGUUUGUAAAUAAUCAAGUGACCAUGCUUAGGCCAAAAGAGGAUGAAGACAGCUGGUUCAACUUAUUUGUCAUCCAUCAAAACAGGAGUAAACAUGGCGCGACUAACUACAUCCCUGAGCAGUUUCUGGAUGAUUUCCUGGAUCUGGUGGUGUGGGGUCAUGAGCAUGAGUGUAAGAUCGCCCCAGUUCGUAAUGAACAACAGCUCUUCUAUGUCACGCAGCCCGGCAGCUCUGUGGUCACCUCGCUUUCGCCAGGAGAGGCGGUCAAAAAGCACAUUGGAUUAUUGAGAGUAAAGGGGAAAAAAAUGAAUCUUCAGAAAAUUCCUCUACAGACUGUGAGGCAGUUUUUCAUUCAGGAUGUCACACUGUCUGACUACCCUGACGUUUUUAGUCCAGAGCAACCCGACGUCACAGUCAAAGUCCAGGCCUUCUGCCAGGAAAAGGUUGAGGAGAUGCUUGAGGAAGCUGAACGAGAGAGACUUGGAAAUAACCUAACUCCUGAGAAACCUCUCAUCAGGCUACGAGUGGAUUAUAGUGGGGGUUUUGAAGCGUUUAAUACCAUGCGCUUCAGUCAAAAGUUUGUGGAUCGAGUGGCAAACCCAAAAGAUAUUCUGCAUUUUGUUAGGCACAGAGAGCCCAAAGACAAAAUUAAAGAAGAAGGUAUGGAUUUUGAAGCACUUCUCUCUCGUCCUACAUCUGAGGUUUUACAGUUGAGGGUGGAAGAUCUUGUGAAGGAAUACUUCCAGACAGCAGAGAAGAAUGUGCAGCUGUCUUUGUUGACUGAGCAAGGCAUGGGGAAGGCAGUGCAAGAGUUUGUGGAUAAGGAGGAGAAAGAUGCUAUCGAAGAACUCAUAAAAUACCAGCUGGAGAAAACCCAGCGCUUCCUGCGGGAACGACGUGUUGAGGCCACAGAGGAAAAAAUUGAUGAGGAGAUUCGGCGAUUUCGAGAAUCUAAGAAAAACACAGCAGAGGAGGAUGAGGAAGUACAAGAGGCUAUAAACCGUGCAAAAGCUCAUAGGGACCACGGUGAUACUGUGAAAGAUGAUGAUUUUGAUAUAUCAGAUGAAGCAGCUGCCAUGGAAACUGAUGAGGAAGCCACUCCUGCUCCUCCAAUUCGUGGAAGAGGACGGGGCUCUAGAGGAGGAAGAGGUCAAAAUAUAAGCAAAAGAGGAAGAGCGAGAGGUGUUGCCUCUCAAUCGGGCAGGGGUGGACGUGGACAGAAAGGACAAUCAAUAAUGGAUGCUUUUCAGGCUCCGACCCAGAGAAGUUCUCGUGCGAAAGUGCCCUUGUCCUACUCUGAUGAGAUUUCUAUCACUGUAGAUGACAGUGACUCAGAUGAGAAUGUACCAUCGGUCAAUCCUUCCAGGCCCACACAUAAGACUUCUUCAUCAAGCUCCAGAGGAAGAGGUUCCCAGAGCCAAAGCCAGUCGUUUAAAGGGGUGACCUUCGAUGACAGUGAUGAUGAGGAUGAGUUUGAUCCAUUUAAGGGCUCAAGUCGACAACGGAGAUGAGGAGAGAAUUCCAGUUACUUUCUCUUAUUAAUUUCACAAUGCCAUCAGAGUUUGUGCAGAGUUUAAAAUAAGCUUGUUUUAUGUUUAUGGUUAAGUUAAACAUAUGUUUAGUAUUAAAAACCUUUUUUCAAUUUAA